CCUCCGGUCUUCCAUCUUCCUCACCACAGCCGCAGAGAAGACGAUGAAGCGAGGAGAAGAACACAAGUGAGGAGACGAUAGGCUCGCCGUUCAUUAGCCGGCCGUAUCGCUCGACGUCUCUACGCCUCUCGCCGUCGCAGGGUGCAGGAGGAGAGAGCCAUGGGGGCGGCGGGCGAGGAGGUGGCGGCGGCUUGGGAGAAGGCCGAGGCCGAGGAGAGGAUAAUGGUGUCCGUGCGCCUGAGGCCGCUCAACGGCAGGGAAACUGGGGACAGCUCCGACUGGGAGUGCAUCAGCCCCACCACCAUCAUGUUCCGGAGCACCGUCCCCGAGCGCGCCAUGUUCCCCACCGCCUACACCUACGAUAGGGUGUUUGGACCCAGUUGCUCUACAAGGCAAGUCUACGAGGAAGGAGCGAAAGAAGUUGCUCUAUCAGUUGUCAGUGGAAUUAACUCAAGCAUAUUCGCUUAUGGGCAAACAAGCAGUGGAAAGACUUACACAAUGACUGGAGUAACAGAAUAUAGUUUGUUGGACAUCUAUGACUACAUAGAAAAGCAUCCUGAAAGAGAGUUCAUUUUGAAAUUUUCGGCCAUCGAGAUAUAUAAUGAAGCUGUGAGGGACCUUCUAAGCCAUGACACGACACCUCUUAGACUUCUUGAUGAUCCAGAGAAAGGGACUACUGUAGAAAAACUCACUGAGGAAACUUUGAGGGACCAUGAUCAUCUUAGGGACCUUCUUGCAGUAUGUGAAGCUCAAAGGCAGAUCGGAGAAACUGCUUUGAAUGAAACAAGUUCUAGGUCCCAUCAAAUACUCAGAUUGACAAUUGAAAGUUCUGCUAGGCAGUAUCUAGGAAGAGGCAACUCGAGCACCCUUGUGGCUUGUGUGAACUUCGUUGAUCUAGCAGGAAGUGAGCGUGCAUCUCAGACCGCCUCGGCUGGUAUGAGGUUGAAAGAAGGCAGCCAUAUUAACCGAAGUCUUCUUACACUGGGAAAGAUCAUCCGUCAACUCAGCAAGGGAAGAAACGGCCAUAUCCCCUACAGAGAUUCAAAGCUAACCCGUAUAUUACAGUCCUCGCUGGGAGGCAAUGCAAGAACAGCCAUUAUCUGCACAAUGAGCCCUGCACACACUCAUAUCGAACAAUCCAGGAACACUCUUCUGUUUGCGACCUGCGCAAAGGAGGUUGUUACAAAUGCACAGGUCAAUGUGGUGAUGUCUGACAAAGCACUUGUGAAGCAUCUACAGAGAGAACUUGCGAGAUUAGAAAAUGAGAUGAAAUUCCCUGAGUCUGCUUCUUGCAUUAGUCAUGCUGAGGCUUUGAGAGAGAAAGAUGCACAAAUUAAGAAGCUUGAAAAGCAGCUGAAGGAAUUGAUGGAGGAAAGGGAUACAGUUCAGUCUCAACUUAACUGUUUACUUAAAGGUGAUGGCUAUGACCAUGGUGAUGAGCGCACUGCAAAGCGAUGGGAUGACCAUAGUCGGUCGUCAGAGUCCCUUGCACGAAAUGUGUCUGAAGAGGCACUUUCUGUUGCUGAUGCUUAUGGCGUUGCUCAUCAAGAUCAAGAUUAUGCAUCAUUUCAUGGAUCAUAUGUCUUCAGUAGUGAUCAUAAUGAUUCAGCAUUCCUCGGUGAAACAAGGGAGCUUCCUCGGCAAACAUGGGAUCAAAAGUUGAUUUCACCUUGGCACCCAUCCAGCGACCAUAGCUCUGAUGCCAUAGAGCCAUAUCAUAUGGAGGAAGCUGCUUCAAGAACCACAUCUGAAGUCUGUGAAGAGCAUUGCAGGGAAGUCCAAUGCAUAGAGAUACAUGAGCGUGUAAGAAGCAGAAGCCACGAAUUCAACCAAUUACUGCCUGAGGACACCAAUAUCCAAACACCUGAAGUAGAGGUGAUCUCCAAAGAUGCAGUCCUGCAACCUGAUGAACGCCAAGAGCUCGAAUGCGUAACAAAGAAAAUAGAAGAUCGUAUCAGAUCGUAUCCCAGCAAAGAGGAGCAACAAGCUGAGAAUAUAACAAACUUAGCGGAAGAUUCUAUCAAAAUGCAUCAAUGUGAAUCUAACGGCGUUACAGACAAUGUUGUCAAACUAUAUACAUGUGGUUCUAACCUUUCUUUUGACACCGGGAAACCUUACCCUCAUGAAUGUUUGAGUUUGAAGAGGUGCAUACUGAGCUCCAAGGAUCGUGCAUUGGCUAGAAGUAAAAGCUGCAGGGCUAGCUUCAUGGUGAUUCCAAAUAGUUGGUUUGAUGAUUCUGAGAACACCAGUAGGACACCGCCUGAUGAAAUCUUUAGGUAUGCUCCCAGAAGGCUUGAUAAGGUCAGGAGAAGCCUGUAUGCCGAGAAUGAUGAUUGCGAAAAUGAUGACAAUUCAUUGGACUGCUCCGCAGUUUCCUGUGAAGUAGCAUCUGAUGAAGUAGCCAUGUACAUGAGCACCAGUGAUGAAGUAGCCAAGGAAAUGAGCACCAGUGAUGAAGAACAAGAAACUCUUGUCAAUGACAUCAGUUGUGUCAUGGAGUUGAACGAGAAUGCAGAUAAUCGCCAUGAAGAUCAACUUGAGGAAUUUCAGGCACAGGUAAUCAUGCAGCAGACCGUUGGAGAUGAUGCUACAGCCGUGAGAACUGUCAAAGACGUUGGUGUAGAUUCAGUACUGAGUACCAUUGAAUCUCCUCCUCAAUCGACAGUUGAUUUUAAGAAAAAGCAGCAACAAAUUAUCGAGUUGUGGCAUGAAUGCAAUGUCUCCAUAGUGCACAGAACUUACUUCUUCCUCCUCUUCAAGGGAGAUCCAGCAGAUAACAUAUACAUGGAAGUGGAGCACAGGAGACUGUCCUUCAUUAAGAGCUCAUUCAGUGCCCAACCCACAGCAGAAGGCGGACUUAAUUCUGCCAUUGCAUCAAGCUUGAAGAAUUUUCGCCGAGAAAGGGACAUGCUCUAUAAGCAGAUGCUUAGGAAACUCUCCAAUGGGGAGAAAGAGAGCAUUUACAGUAAAUGGGGAAUCGAUUUGAGCACUAAACAGCGAAGGUUACAGCUCUCCCGUCUCAUCUGGACUCAGACUGACAUGGAGCACAUCAGAGAGAGUGCAGCUCUCGUCGCAAAGUUGAUUGACCUUCUAGAGCCCGGGCAGGGCCUUAAGGAGAUGUUUGGAAUGAAUUUCACACUGGCGCCACGCGCUGAUCGGAGAUCUUUCAGCCUGGUAGGCUCUUACUCCAUGAAAUGAACAUUCUGGCAGAGAUGGUACGGCGGAAAUGACAAGGUGGUAGAAGAACACGUAGUGCAGGAGUUUGACUUGAUUGGAGAGGAAUACAUGGCUCCCCAUGAUUGAUUGAUUUAACUGAUGUGCUCACCUGUUUCGAUGCUUGUUCAUGUGUGUAUGAUUGAUUUUUCCUGUGUAUUUUCGCAGAAGCGAAUCAAAAGCAUCACAGUUCUGACUCUGUAUGUAUCGGUGUUUGUAACUUGGUGUGUCGAUUUGAAUCUUGGAAGGCUUGAUCAAUGCGUUCCAGAAUUUAGGAGUAAUGAACCAAAUCCCAUGAUUCAUUGC